UGUUUGCCACAGCUCGAUCAGUCAACUUGUAGCACUUCAUUUCUCCUACGGUGUUCCAACAGCUCGAAAAAAAAUGGAAAAUAAGCGGAUAGAUGAUGAUGAGCAUAAAGUGCCGCUCUUCGGCGCACGUCAUCUACAGAUGCUUCUAAUAUUUCUUGGACUAGCUGCAGCGAUAAUGCAACGAGUUAAUCUCUCGGUAGCGAUAGUGGCAAUGAUGGAUAAAAAUUUGGCAAACCCCAACUUUGAGGAUUACAAAUGGUCUGAGAGCACAAAAUCUUAUCUGCUCAGCAGUUUCUUUUGGGGCUAUUGUAUAACACAAAUACCGGGCAGUCAGUUGGCGCAUAAGUUUGGUGGUAAAAUAACAUUACUUUGCAGUGUAGCAUUAAGUGGAGUGCUGGCUUUACUCACACCGCUGAGCGUCCGUUUGGGCGACUGGAAACUACUAUGUGCGCUACGUUUGUGUCAAGGUCUCAUACAGGGUAGUACCUUUGCAUCGAUUCAUACGUUGGUCUCGAAAUGGGCACCAGCCAAGGAGCGUGGCUUAUUUUGUAUACUUUGUUACACAGGCUUGCCUUUCGGUAGCGUAUUGAUCAUGGUGGUCAGUGGUUGGAUUGCCACAUCUUCACUGGGUUGGCCAGGUAUAUUUUAUUUCUGCGGCUUAAUCGGCUUAAUUUGGGGUUUGAUCUGGUACUUGGUUGGUGCUAGCACACCCAGCGAAUGUAAAUGGAUGAGUGUAGAGGAGCGUUUGUUCAUUGAAGUCAUGAUGGUGACAUCGGCCACGCCGGAGCAUGAGCAUGUACCAACGAAAACACCUUGGUUGAAGAUACUCACAUCUGUGCCUUUCUGGAUGCUAUUAGUGGCACAUAGCGUAUACGUUGCGUGCUUUUGGGCAAUGAUAACAGAAAUACCUUCGUACAUGAAUAGCGUACUGGAACUGGAUAUCAAUAGCAAUGCACUUAUGUCAUCGUUACCAUAUCUGGCCAACAUGUUAUUGUCAUUUGUAUUUAGUGUUUUAGCUGAUUUUCUGAUUAAACGUGGCUACACGAGCAUCAAUACCAGUCGUAAACUGUUUAACAGUAUCGGGUGCUGGGUGCCCGUAGUGCCACUUAUACUACUCGGCUAUAUGAGCGCCGAUCAGAGUGAGUUGACACUCGGGUUACUUGUUAUUGCUGUUGGUACGAAUACGGCCUGCAAUUUGGGUUACCUCGUUAAUCCUAUUGAUCUAUCACCCAAUUUUGCUGGCAUUCUUAUGGGCAUAGCUAAUUGUGUAGGAAAUAUUAUGAGUUUAUUGGCACCACUGACCGUGGGCUUCAUCGUAACAGAUGCGGAAAAUAUACAACAGUGGCGUAUCGUGUUCUACAUUAUCGGGGGUAUGUACUUCAUUGGAAACUUAUUGUUUGUAUCCUUUGGCCAGACGAAAAUCCAAACCUGGAACUGGGCGGAAUGAUUGCCACCACAUUUGGUUCGAAGUCAACGAAAUGAAAAAUGACGAGGUGUGAAGUUUCCGUGUGUUUUUAUUGCAAAUAAAAAUAUAACUUUUUCAAAAUAUUAGAAA